CACUGUCGGUCGAGGCGCGCUCGGGGCAUCCCGGCGCGGCCGCCGCCUGACUUGUUUCCCGCCGCCCGCGCCGCCGGCCUUCCCGCGUAGCCCCGGCCUCCCGAUCGGCCUCCCGCCCUGCCCCGCAUGGAGCUGGGCUGGGCGUGCAGCCUCUCGGUGUGGCUGCUUUUCCUGGGCAGCCUGGCGGUGCGGCUCCUGCGCUCGGACCUGUUGCUGAGCCGGCUGCUGCUGCUGCGGGUGGGGCUGCUGGCCGUCCUGCAGGCGCUGGGCCAGGCCGUCCUGCCGCUGCCCCUCAGCGCCGCCCUCACGGGGGCUGCCUGCUUGCUCGUCUCGGCCAGCACCGCCCGGCGGAAGCGGAUCCCCACGGGGGGGAAAGCGGUGGUGGUGACAGGAUGCGAUUCCGGCUUUGGGAAGGCAGCCGCCCAGCACUUGGACAGGCUGGGGCUGACCGUCUAUGCCAGUGUGCUGGACCUGAAGAGUUCUGGGGCAGAAGAGCUUCGGCAGACGUGCUCCCCACGGCUGACUCUCCUGCAAAUGGACCUCACUAAGGCGGAGGACAUUCAGCAAGCCCUGCAGUUCAUCAAAGCCCAGACUGGAAGGACAGGUCUCUGGGGCCUCGUGAAUAACGCUGGGUUUAAUGACACCAUUGCCAAUGCAGAACUGACACCGCUGCUCCACUUCCGCACCUGCAUGGAGGUGAACUUCUUUGGGCCCUUGGAGCUGACCAAAGGACUGCUGCCCCUGCUCCGCUCAUCCCGUGGCAGGAUCGUCACAGUCAGCAGCCCGGCUGGCAAUAUGCCCUACCCCUGCCUGGCCAGCUACGGUACCUCCAAAGCGGCUCUUAGCCUUCUGAUGGACACCUUCCACUGUGAGCUUGCACCCUGGGGAAUCAGAGUGAGCGUGAUUUUUCCAGGGUACUUCAAAACAGGUGACAGCUGUAACCCCGAGUACUGGAAGGAAAAGAAGGAGCAGCUCCUUUCAGCAUUACCUGCUGAUCUUCUGGAAGCUUACGGAGAGGAGUAUCUCGAGGAAAUCAACAGGCAAUUUGUGAGCUUCAUGAAGAUGGCUGUGGAGGACCUAAGCUGUGUGGUGGACAGCAUCACCGACGGCCUCCUAUCCACCAAACCACAGCUAAAAUACUACCCCGGGAGAGGCCUGUGGCUCAUGUACUUCAUCCACCAUUACCUCCCUCACACAGUCCGGGACCUUUUCCUGAAAACCUUUUUUAUCAAUCCAAAGCUGCCCCAGGGAUUGUGUCCCCAGGCCUGCCACACACCCAAGGUGUUGUGAGAGCUGCUUGGGUUCUUCUUUUGCGCCAUCGCCAGAGAAACUCUGGAGAAUGUUUUCUUGGAAGAUUCCUCUUUUUAUUCCACCCGUUUCCAGCUAGUUAGAAGAGGAAUUUUUUCCUAUAGAAACAGGCCAGGGCAAUUUUUUUCAGUUCUGAGGGACAAAUCCUGGGUUUGCCUCCCACAGUGACUUUCCUUGGGAGGAUGGGAAGCGCAUCUGCCCUGGUCCUAUAUGCAAGGCCUGAGAGGCCUGGAGGUGGAUAGAAGCAGCAUCCUUGCUAAACAAAGUUUAUUUGGACUUUCUCCCCCCCCCCAAUGUGCCAAAGGAGAAGUCAGAAACUGCUGCUAGCCAAAACAAAGAGCUUCUGAGCACUCUAGUUUACCAUAUACCUCCUUAAAAGUUGCCUCAGGCGAACUAAGCUACCUUCUCUUGCCACUUGCUGGACAGGGGCUGACCUCAAAGACGUGGCCUUGGGCUUCUUGAUGAGCCAACCUGCCUCUGUUGCUUGGGCCUCCUCCUCUGCUGCAGCCCUCAUUGCUGUGCAGGGACAGCAUCCAUGUGACCUCACCGGUGAGCCAACGGCCUGCCAUUUUUUUUUCCAAAAGGAGCACAAUUGUAUUAUUACUUAAAUAAAAAAUAUUUCAUUA